UUCACUCUCCCUCUACAUCAAAUAUAUAAAGAGAGUUAAUGUAUUAUUUCAACCAGAUUGUCACAACUUUCCACAUUUCAAUGAUUUUGGUUAAAUGAAAGUACGCGCGCUCCCGCCAAAAUGCAGCAUCAGCACCACUAUGUCGCGCGCGCGCGCCUCUAGCGAACGAGUCUAUCGCCAUCCCGGCCGAGAGAGUUAAAGUUGGCCGAAAGGACGGCUAAACGAUGCAGUACUGUCCGGUGACGAGGAGAGGAUAACAUUUGAUUUACUCAUCUAAAAGCGACUCCGUCUCAGAUGAUGGAUAUCAAAAUUCUUGCCUCAAGCCUUUUACUCUUUCUCGCCUUUCAACAUUGCUCGUCACGGCCAUGCUUAGAUCCGCUGAUUUCUCCUCUUUAUGCAUCCUCUUUCCAUGCUUCUUCCAGAUAUAACUUUUUUUACUCUGCACACUUUGCCAAACUGUAUGGGAGCAGUGGCUGGUCUCCGUCCCCUCGGGACAGGCAGCCAUGGAUGCAGAUUGACCUAGGGAGGAAAUAUCGUAUCAUGGCCAUUGCUACUCAGGGUACCUUCAACUCUUAUGACUGGAUCACCAAAUACAUGCUGCUGUACGGGGAUCGAUUCGAUGCGUGGACUCCAUAUGUCAUGACAGGAGGCAAUAUGACGUUGCCUGGCAACUGGAAUUACUACCAGGUGAAGAGGAACGUAUUUCAUUAUGCGAUCACUGCCAAACAUCUGCGCAUCUAUCCCAUGGGCUGGAAUACUGAGAACGGAGGCAAAAUCGGCCUUCGAGUAGAGCUCUACGGCUGUCCUUACGAAUCAUAUGUGAUGCAGUUUGAGGGGGAUGACAUGGUGGCCUACUCCUUCCCACGGGGCAGGAUGAGGACACUUCAGGACCACUACGCUUUGAAUUUUAAGACCUUGGAGAAGGAUGGUAUUCUUCUGCACAGUGACGGUUUGCAGGGAGACUCUGUCACUCUGGAACUAAAGACUGGACGCCUCUACUUGCAUAUCAGCUUGGGGAGCAGCACAGUCCAUAAGACCAAUGGGAUGACCACAAUGAUGCUGGGAAACCUACUGGACACACAGCACUGGCACUACGUCACUAUCAAGCGUUACGGGCGAGAGGUCAACUUCACCCUGGAUGGCCAGACUGAGACUGCUGUCCUCAACGGAGAGUUCAAGUACCUUGAUCUGGACAAACAGAUUUAUGUUGGCGGUGUGAUUGAGAAGGACACACCCCACCUGCCUGGUAAGGUUAACUUCCGUGGCUGCAUGGAGAACGUCUUUAUCAAUGGAAUCAAUGUCAUCUCCAUGACACAAUACCAGGAGCCUGAAAUUCGACUAGCUCCUAAAAAGAAAAAGAUGCAUUAUACCUGCCGUGACCUCCUCUGGAAGCCCAUGACCUUUGCAGGACCCAACAAUUACCUGCAGCUGCCCGGGUUUUUCCGGAAGAACCGUCUGGCGGUAAAAUUUAAGUUCCGCUCAUGGGACUACACAGGGUUACUGAUGUUCACCAGGUUUGCAGAUGAUUUGGGCUCUCUGGAGCUAGGCCUCAGUGAAGGACAGGUUAACGUCACUCUCAUGCAGCCUGGAAACAAGAGAUUACGCUUUGCUGCAGGGUACCGUCUCAAUGACGGCUUCUGGCACACAGUAGACCUGACCGCCAAAGACAACUUACUAACUAUCACUAUAGAUGAAGAUGAGAGCUCACCACUGAAGAUCACCAACCCCUUCACUGUUCGUACAGGAGAUCGCUACUUCUUCGGCGGUUGUCCCAAGACCAAUAACACGGCUCGCUGUGUGACCAAGCUGUCUCGCUUCCACGGCUGCAUGCAGCAGAUCUUUAUAGAUGAUGAGCCGGUGGAUAUAGAUGUCAUGCUGCAGAGGAAAUGGGGCAGAUACGCAGAAAUUCUGCUGGGCACCUGCGGUAUCACUGAUAGGUGCACUCCAAACCCAUGUGAACAUGAAGGCAGGUGUAUACAGUCCUGGAAUGACUUCUUGUGUGUGUGUAACAACACUGGCUACAAGGGGGAGGUUUGUCAUAACUCCGUCUACAGGGAGUCAUGCGAGGCCUACAGACUGAAUGGGAAGUACUGGUCAGGCAACUACACCAUAGAUCCAGAUCUGAGCGGACCACUGAAACCUUUCACGGUCUACUGCAAUAUGUUGCAAAAAUCAUGGACCGUCAUUGAGCACAACCGCAUGAAAAGCACCAAGGUGAGCGGCUCCACUGUGGAUCAACCGUACAUUGGGGACGUCCAGUAUGUAAACGCAUCCUGGGAUGAAGUCACUGCCCUGGCAAACACCUCCUUAUACUGCGAACAGUGGAUUGAGUUCUCAUGCUACAAGUCACGCCUCCUCAAUACACCACAUGGAAGGCCUUACACUUACUGGAUUGGUCGGCAUAAUGAGAGUCAUGAAUACUGGGGAGGAGCUUUUCCUGAAAGUGGAAAAUGCGGAUGUGCUGUCAAUCAAACCUGCACCGACUCCAAGUACUGGUGCAACUGUGAUGCUGACUACCGCCAAUGGCACUCAGAUAAAGGCUACCUGUCGUUCCGUGAUCAUCUGCCCGUCAGGAGGAUUGUCAUUGGGGACACUAAACGGACCGGUUCAGAAGCUCGCUACAGUGUUGGCGCGCUGUACUGCCAUGGAGACAGGAGUAUCUGGAACACCAUAGCUUUCGUCAAGCCCACCUAUCUGAAGUUCCCCACCUUCAAGCCCGGCACCAGUGCCGACAUUACAUUCCACUUCAGGACCUACCGCACUAACGGAGUGUUUGUAGAGAGCUCAGAUGACCACCUCCGUAAUUUCUUACGAGUUGAACUCAAUUCUACAACUGAGGUGGUAUUUAUUUUCAUGGUGGGUGAUGGAAUUCGAAACGUCACCCUCCGCUCACCUAAACCUCUCAAUGAUAAUGAAUGGCACUAUGUAGAAGCUGAAAUCAAUGUAAAAAUGGCUCGGCUCAAAGUUGAUUUCCUGCCUCCGGCCUUGCACAAGUUCCCAGGCCAGACCUACAUCACAAUGAAGUUCACACAACCCCUGCUCGUAGGAGCGGCCAAUCACACCUUAAGGCCUUUCCUGGGUUGUCUGCGUGGGCUGAGGAUGAACGGGGUGCCUUUGGAUUUGGAGGGGAAGGUUGACGAGAGAGCUGGGAUACGUAGGAACUGCACUGGAGCGUGUCUGAAUGCCUCUAUACCGUGUCGAAACGGAGGCCAGUGCAUUGAUGGGUACGCUUCAUACGCCUGUGACUGCAAUAACACAGCCUUCGAUGGCUAUUACUGUCAUUUAGAUAUCGGGGCGUUCUUUGACGUGGGAGCGUGGCUGCGGUAUGACAUCCGCAAAGAGCCCAUUUCCUUUGAUGCAUGGUGGGCGAACUUCUGGAUAGAGCCUCACUGGCACAACUUCACCCUCGGCUACAACACGACAACUGAUGACAUAGAGUUCAGCUUCAGCACUUUACAGGCUCCAGCUGUGCUCCUCUAUAUCAGCUCCUUCGGCAAUGAUUACAUCGCCGUCCUGCUCAAGAAAGAUGGUACUCUGUCACUGAGAUAUCGGCUUGGUAUAAUAAGCUACAAAUUUAAGUUGACUGACAGAAACAUGGCCGACGGCUUUCCUCAUUUCGUCAACAUCACCCGACACAACUACACAGUAUGGACACAGGUGGACUACAUGGAUCCGUGGAUUGAGAAGUUAAUACCAGGAGAGAUUCCUAGAUUUGACUCACCAAAGUCUAUAUUCUUGGGUAGAGUCAUGGAGGUGGGAGGAGUAGACUACGAAAUUCAGAGGCACAACAGUCCAGGUUUUAUGGGCUGUAUAUCAGGGGUCCGCUAUAAUAUCUUUGCCCCACUGAAGGCCUACUUCCGACCCAAUGUAACCAGUCCACCUGUGACGACUCAAGGCUAUGUGGUGGAGUCUAACUGUGGGGCGUUUCCCCCCGUCUUAGGAUAUGUUCCUUGGGAGGAUGACCCCUGGUUCACUGGCCUUUUCUUUUAUUACAUUCAUGAUGAUGUCACCCCACCUUGGAUGACAUUAAUCGUCACUGUGUCUCUGAUGUUGCUCUUCCUGAUCCUGUACGGCCUCUACAUUUACCUGUACAGGUAUAAAGGCAGUUACCACACGAACGAACCGAAACAGCUCGAGUCGCCCAGCUCCUCUCGGCCCCUCACUGAUACACUACGAAAGGAUAGAAAGAACCUGCCGGAAAUACAGGAGGAAAGUCCCAAUGAAUAACACACAACUACAGACUGAGGGAUGUCUGGAAGAAAAAAGAGAAGUACUGGUGAUUAUGAGGGAGGUAAAAUAGUGGAGACUAAGUAAUGAGUUGCAAAUGUGAUUUUUAUUUUAUUUUUAUGUAUCUUUCGCUUUUAUGGUAAUGUUACUGUAUAUUUAUUUUUCUGUCCCAUUAUUUUUUACAGUGUAAUCUGAUAUUUGGUGCUUUUGGCAGGGCUCAAAAUAAGCAGGCUAAAGGCAGUUUACCAUCUGAUCAAUGAGCAUUGGCAGUGCAGGCCGACUGAAGUGCCUCAGCAACAUUACAGGAAACUUUCAAAGACUGAUCCAGGGUUCCCACGGUUACAGAGACUUGGAAAUAUCAGGGAAUUUUAGAAUUGUGAUUUCCAGGCCUAUAAAACGUAUUGGAAAUGAAUACAAUCAUGUAAAUUUGUGUUGACAAUUAAUAUUCUUUAUAAUCAUGCCCAUCUCAGCAGUAUUUCAUUGGUUAUAAAUUCACUUUUUUGCAUGCGAUAUCAAUAAUAUUAUUUUUACAAAAUGCAUAUUUUUAAAAAUCAAGAAUGACUGAAAAAAAAAAAACGUUCUGUAUACCCAAUGUAAAUCUGUAUAGUUAUGCUGAUUUCACUCAG